ACAACCGGUCUUUUCGAAACUACCAGCUGAAUAGAAAGAGAAGAUUGGCCCUGAAUUCAUUCUUGUUAGAGAAAGAAAGGAGAAAGAUGUUUCUUGAUGACAAUGUAUUCGGCAGACGAUAUGAAAGCGAAUAAUCAUAUCAAUCAACAUCAAAAUAUUGUAAACGAUAUCGGGUUUCAGCGACAAGAACAUGUCAUUACGAGAAGUCGACGAAACAGCGCAUCUCGUGCUUAACUCUUCCCCUGACGAUAUCGGCGAUCGAAUGGCGGCUGGUAGCAUUAAAGUUUACAAACGAAGAUGGUACAUUUUAAUCAUUUUUACGCUGCUAAACACCACAGGAAAUAUUCUGUGGAAUACUUGGCCGCCGAUUCAAGAGACGUGCCAACUUGUGCUCGGAUGGAAUAAAACAAACGUGUUGAUAAUCGGUGCUCUACAAGCGCUCGGAUCUAUUAUCAGCAUUGUGCCAUCCGCAUGGCUUUUGGACACGAAAGGUCUAAGGUUUGCAGUGAUAUUUUCCAUAUUACUUCAGACCUUCGCCGUCAUCUGCGAACUUAUCCCGGCCCAUCCCCAGUGGAGGACUGUACUCAUAACGUUUGCAGAAUUCCUUAUUUCGGUGGCUGUUCCCGCGGUUCAAAACGCGGGAGUGCUUGUGCUGUCCGCGACAUGGUUCCCGCCACACGAGCGCAUGACCGCUACGGCCAUCGCCACGCUGGCGUCGUAUCUGGGCUCGGCUUUUAGCUACAUCGUUGGACCCCAUCUCGUCCCAGACGUUGAUUACGGCAACUUGACUAAAUAUAAAACGGGACAGAGCAUCGACAUCGAAACACUGAGGAAUCACACAACUCCAGAACAAAUGAAAUUUCUUUUGUCAAGAAUAAAUGACUACUUGUUCAUCGAAGCCGUUUUGGUGGGAGUGUUACUGUUUACGGUGUUAAUUUAUUUUCCCGCCAAACCGCCCAGCCCGCCAAGCCUUUCGUCCGCGGCUGGACGGCUGGAUUUUUGUUCUGGCGCCAAAACUCUACUGAAAAACCGGUCAUUCUGGUUAUUGUUACUCAUAUUUAGCGUCAGUAACGGAGUUAACUGGGGUUGGUCUAGUGUUCAGGACCUCAUAUUUUCCGGAGUGGGAAUUGAUCAAAAGACCGCUGGCUGGUUGGGAUUCUCAGCAAAUGUUGCGUCUCUUCUUGGUAUUUCCUUUUCGUGGUAUGCCGAUCGCAUUCAGAGUUUCACCAAGCCAAUCUUGAUUUUCCUCUUUGUGGCCACGGCUGGAGCUCAAACAGUCCUAUCGCUCGCAUGUGAGGAGAUCAUUCCUCUCUCACAACCAAUCUUCUUCGCUUCGGGUAUCUCCCAGGUCGUGCUCUUUUGUGGAACUGUUCCUCUCAUUAUGGAACUCGCGGCAGAGUGCUCAUAUCCGGUAGCUGAAGGUAUCACUUCCGGUGUAAUGGUCCUAUCUGUAUACGUCAUCAAUUUGAUCUUCUUUAUCGCAUUUAUGUUCCCGCAAGCGAGCCCGCGAUGGAUGAACUGGUUACUAGUCUCCUCGACCGUGGUCUGCAUUCCGCUGGUUGCAGUGUACAAAGAGAAAUACAAAAGACUAGAUGUGGACGAAUCAAAACAGAGCUAACAAUGUAAUGAUAAUUUACUUAGGAUAUGGAGAUAAUUUACAGUUGCAGAAGCCCAGGUAAUGGGUUCCUGGUAGUUGUUAAUAAAGGCGGUGUCGCGCUCUAAUUGUUGAGUCGUUCAAAGAAAAAUGUAACCUCGAGGUGUCGCGUGAAUAAGAAGGAUAAAAAAUUUGUUCCUAGUGGGAAUGAAUCCCUAACCUCCCAGUCAAAGGACAGACUCUCUUCACCUUCACUAUUAACGACAACGACAGCGACUAAGGGAGGACGAGUUCUCCAAUCUCUCAAAGAAACCGUUUUGCAAUUCUGGGUAAAUGUAGUUUAAGAAGUACGCCAUGUCAGGUCAAUUCUUGUUCUCUUCGUCUUGCAUUCUAUCAGUCACGAAUGUAAAGGUUAUUGUUUUAACAAAAUAAGGCUUCAACAACAAAAAAAUCGAGCUUUCAUUCAAUC